GUCUCCAAGUGCAAUUGUUGUGUGGAAGCGGAAAGCAAAUCAUUGCUAAAGAGAACAAGCGUUUGCGCGUGUAUAUGGAAUACCUUAAUUCGCGCUUUUGAUUCCACCAACUCGCUUUUUCCGUCUAGCGUGAUGCGAUGGCUCGCUUUGGAGACGAUCUGCCCACCCGCUAUGGAGGUCCAGCGGGCGCCGGGAGAGGGGGAGCCCGGGCAGGAGGUCCCUCGGGCGGUCAAAGAAUGUACAAACAGUCGAUGGCUCAGAGAGCCAGGACAAUGGCUUUAUAUAAUCCUAAACAAACCAAACAGAACUGCUUCACUGUCAACCGCUCUUUGUUCAUCUUCAGUGAGGACAAUGUCUUCAGAAAAUACGCCAAAAGAAUAACCGAAUGGCCUCCAUUUGAGUACCUGAUCCUCACUACCAUCAUCGCCAACUGCAUCGUACUGGCCCUCGAACAGCAUCUCCCCGCCAUGGACAAGACCCCCAUGUCUGAACGCCUGGACGACACAGAGCCCUACUUUAUCGGAAUAUUCUGUUUCGAGGCCGGCAUUAAGAUCAUCGCCUUGGGCUUUGUGUUUCACAAAGGCUCUUACCUACGCAACGGCUGGAACGUAAUGGACUUUGUGGUCGUUCUGACAGGGAUUUUAACCACACUGGGUUCGCAGUUUGACUUAAGAACGUUGCGGGCCGUCAGAGUGCUGAGACCCCUCAAACUGGUGUCUGGAAUCCCAAGUCUUCAAGUAGUAUUAAAGUCCAUUAUGAAGGCCAUGGUUCCCCUUCUUCAGAUUGGACUGCUGCUCUUCUUUGCCAUAGUUAUGUUUGCCAUCAUCGGCGUCGAGUUCUACAUGGGCAAAUUCCACUUUACCUGCUUUAAAGUGGAUACAGGAGAAAAGGUUGGAGAUUACCCAUGUGGAGCAGAACGUCCUUCAAGAGUGUGUCCCAAUGGAACAAUAUGUAGGGAGUACUGGACAGGACCCAACUUCGGCAUCACCAAUUUUGAUAACAUCCUCUUUGCCAUCCUCACAGUCUUCCAGUGCAUCACCAUGGAAGGAUGGACCGAUGUACUAUACCAUGCCAAUGAUGCCUCGGGAAACACCUGGAACUGGCUGUACUUCAUCCCUCUCAUCAUCAUUGGCUCCUUUUUCAUGCUUAACCUCGUCCUGGGUGUCUUAUCAGGGUCUGUGGAGGAUGCAGUCAACAUGAGACUGCAUUUCAUCCUGCAGCAUCUGGUAGUGAGACUGGGGAAAUUCAUGUCAAACAGCUGCACCACCAGCACUGGUGCUCAGGGUUGCCUUCUAAAGUUUGUGGAUGACACUGUAGUCAUCGGCCUCAUCCAGGACGGAGACGAUUCUGCUUACAGAUAA